CACACACGCGCACGUUUGGCCAUUAGUUCAUUACCUUAACCCCGCUCCUCUCCUCGUUUCUCUGUCUCUCUUCUCUUCACACUCUCAAGUCAAAGAUUUUUAACUCACUCUUUCAGGCCUUCAGGAGCCAACACACCCAUUCAUCCCCAAUCCUCAUUUUCCUUCACAGAAACUAAAAGACCUCCAUUCUUUUUUCUCCUUUGAGGGGUGGAAUUUUGAGAUGGACCGUCGGGGUUGGCUCUGGAAGAAAAAAUCAUCUGAUAAAAACAUAAAGAAUGAGAAUGAGAAACCAGUGUCUACAUUUGAAUCUGUUGGUUCUACCUUGUCUUCUGUGGCACAUGUAGGAGAUCAGCAAGACAACAGCAACAGUAAGAACUAUGUUCAAAUAUCAAUGGAAUCAUACACGCGUAUGUCUGGAUUGGAAGAUCAAGCUGCAAAUUUGGAGGAUCAAGUAAAAGCUUUGGAAGCAAAGCUAUCUGCAGUUUAUUCAGAAUUAAAUAACAAGGAUACUUUAGUUAAACAGCAUGCAAAAGUUGCAGAGGAAGCAGUCUCAGGUUGGGAGAAAGCUGAUGCAGAAGUUGUUUCCCUAAAACGUCAACUUGAAUCUUUUUCUCUCUCUAAACUUACUGCUGAUGAGAAAGCGGCUCACCUAGAUGGAGCUCUAAAAGAGUGCAUGAAGCAGAUAAGAACUGUAAAGGAAGAAAGUGAGCGGAAACUGCAGGAGGUGAUUCAUAUGAAAUCCAAUCAGUGGGAGAAAAUCAAGUUAGAACUUGAAGCACAAAUAGACAAUUUGGAUGAAGGACUUCGUGAGGUAGCUGGUGAAAAUGAUGCCCUUCUAAGAUCACUUCAAGAAAGUUCCAACAACAUAGUGAAACUGAAAGAAGAAAAGUCUGAAGCUGAGGCAGAGGUAGAGCUUCUAAAGAAGAGUAUUCAGUCAAAAGAAAAAGAAAUAACUUCACUGAAGUAUGAGCUGCACAUGAUUUCCAAGGAGCUGGAUAUCCGAAAUGAAGAGAAGAAUAUGAUUAUGAGAUCAGCAGAAGUGGCGAACAAACAACACGCAGAAGAUGUCAAGAACAUUGCCAAGCUAGAGAGUGAGUGCCAACGACUGCGUGGUCUGUUGAGAAAGAAGUUACCUGGGCCUGCUGCAUUGGCACAAAUGAAGCUAGAAGUUGAGAGUUCACAUCAUGUCAUCAGUGCAUCCCAUCUAAGAAAAACUUGUUCAAAAACUGAUAGCAUGCAAGAAUCUGAGUUUCUUACCAAACAACUGGAGGUGCUGGAAGAAGAAACAAAGACAUUAAAAGAAGCAUUGGCCUCAAGUAAUGCUGAACUGCAGGCUUCUAGAAACUUGUAUGCUAAAACAGUUGGCAGAUUUAAGCGCUUGGAAGCAGAGAUCCAUCAAGAAAGAAGCGCUCAGAAAGCAAAUUUGGCAACCAAUUAUGGAAACUCAAUCAGUAGAAUUUAUACCUAUCCACCAAGCAUCUCUUCUAUGUCUGACAAUGGGCAUGAGGAUCCAGAAAGUCCUGCUGAGUCAUGUUCAACAUCGAUUCCUGACCAUUCUAAUAUCAGGAGGAUUGGAAGUGUAGGUAAAUUUGUGAAUCAUAAGAGUGAAACUAUCUCAGAACUUAUGGAUGACUUUCUGGAAGUGGAGAAGAUGGCAUGUUUAUCAGACAAUGGUGGUGUACCUCUUGGCGUCAAUAGUAAAGCUAGUGAUGCCAAAGAUAAAAAGGAGACUAACUGUUUAUCUUCAAAUCAAAAUUGGCGUGACAGGACGAACCAAACCAUAGAACCUGAGGCUGACAGUGGUUACCUUGAUAAGGCGGCUGAACAUGAUGAGCAUCUGCAAGAUCCCAAGAAAAAAGAACUGAUGUUGCAGGAAAACAUGCAGCUUCUAAAAGAUCUGAAAGCACAAUUGGCAUUGUCUCAUAAAUCAUGUAGUUUGGCUGAGAUUCAGCUGAAAUGUAUGACCGAGUCUUACAAGUCACUUCAAACACGUGUGGAGGGGUUAGAAGCUGAAAAUAGGUAUUUAAAGGAAAAGAUAGAUGAGCUAAAUAAUGAUCUUGCUGAGGAAAAACAAAGUCAUCGUGAUGCUUUGGUGAGGUAUAAAGAAAUUGAAGAGAAAAUGCUUAGGGACAAGUGCUUGUUGUGUGCAGAAAAUUCGGGGAAGGAUAAAGAGCUAGCAGCUGCAGAGAAAAAGCUGGCAGAAUGUCAAGAGACUCUGUCUAUACUUGGUAGGCAAUUGCAUGCUAUGUGCCCUCAGAUAGGUGUAACCAAGACUCAUCAUAGCAAAAGGCUUCAAAUGAAUGAGAAGUUAGCCAAACCAACUUAUGACUGGUCAAAUUCUUAUGGAUCCUGUAACUCAAAUGAAAUUGAUCAUGCUGAGGCAUGUAGCAUAGUGUCUGACAUUCAAGGAGUGACCGAUGAGUUUUCAUCACGCAACUCUGGUGCCACAUCAUGUCUUUCAGACACCGAAGGUAACUAUUGGUUAAACUCUUAAGUAGGCUCAAGCCUGGUUACAUGCUUAAUCAAAUACUAUUCUUCUGCCACCACUACAUGGAAGAAUGCUCAUAGUUUGGGCCACUUCUUUUUGUUAUAAGAGUAUUCAUGACAUUGUUAAUUCUCAAGUGUUAUCGGGAGCUCCCCGAUGAUGUUGUACAUAGACUAUAUAGUACAAAUCUGUGGAGAAUGAUAUAUGUCUGUACUUUUCUUCAAUAUGUUGAUUUUGGAUGAAGUUUGAUUC